UCUCAAAAGCAAAACAAAACAAAAGAUCUAAUUGUAGAGAAUUUGCAGUCAGUCCCUUGCCUUCUGCCAGACUAGGCCCUCCAAUCCAGACAGUCACGGUCCUGGUUCAUAUCCUCCUACCAGCUGCCUGCCCCCCGCGUGGUGCCUGACUUCCGGGAGUCGUUUCCGGCGAGGCCUCUGGCGACGGUUGAGCGGCAAGAUGAGUGUCUUCUCGCGCCUCAGGAACGGAAUCCCACCGUCGCGAGACGACUGCCAGUCUCCCUAUGAGCGAUUAAGUCAACGCAUGUUGGACAUUUCUGGGGACCGAGGUGUGCUGAAAGAUAUCAUCCGCGAGGGCGCUGGCGAUCCUGUGACACCUGACGCUUCUGUGCUGGUGAAAUACUCUGGAUACCUGGAGCACAUGGAUAAGCCUUUCGACUCCAAUUGCUUUAGGAAAACCCCUCGGCUGAUGAAACUUGGAGAAGAUAUUACACUCUGGGGCAUGGAGCUGGGCCUUCUAAGCAUGCGCAGAGGGGAACUGGCCAGGUUCCUGUUCAAGCCAACCUAUGCUUAUGGUACCCUGGGGUGCCCGCCCCUCAUCCCUCCAAAUGCCACUGUCCUGUUUGAGAUCGAGCUGAUUGACUUCCUGGACUCUGCCGAGUCGGACAAGUUUUGUGCACUCUCAGCUGAGCAGCAAGAACAGUUUCCACUCCAGAAAGUCCUCAAGGUAGCGGCAACCGAGAGGGAGUUUGGCAACUACCUUUUCCGCCAGAAUCGCUUCUGUGAUGCCAAAGUGAGAUACAAGCGGGCCUUGUUGCUGCUCCAUCGACGCUUGGCCAUCUGUGAGGAGCAGCACUUGGUAGAACCUGCUGAGCUCCUAGUCCUCCUUAACCUUUCAUUUGUGUACCUGAAGCUAGACCGCCCUGCUAUGGCCCUGCGCUAUGGGGAGCAGGCUCUGCUCAUUGACAAAAGGAACGCCAAAGCCCUCUUCAGGUGUGGACAGGCUUGCCUCCUCCUGACCGAGUAUGAGCAGGCUCGGGACUUUCUAGUGAGAGCUCAGAAGGAGCAGCCCUGUAACCAUGACAUCAAUAAUGAGCUGAAGAAGCUGUCCAGCCACUACAGGGACUAUGUGGACAGAGAGAGAGAGAUGUGUCACCGGAUGUUUGCUCCCUGUGGAAGCGGCUCUUCAGUGGGAGGAAACUGAAGAAACGGCUUGAGAGGAGGGGUCAUGAAAGGCCCAUUCAUCCAUGCGCUCUAGCAGGUUCUGAAGUGCUGCUGUCUGCUUGGCAGAUGCCCACUAUUAGUGCCUUUGCAGGCAUGACUUUUUGAUCCCAUCCUCUGAGUCUUCCAGGGGAACUUCUGAACUAAGCUGCAACCAGAAGACCUCUUGUGAUUUGGCUCUUGUCACAUUCAGUAGAGAUAUAAGACAUCUGUUUCCCAGAUCCUCUGUGUGUAAGGAUCUGCGUGGCUGCAUGUGUUCUCUCUCUCUCUCUCUCUCUCUCUCUCUCUCGUGUGUGUGUGUGUGUGUGUGUGAGAGAGAGAGAGAUAGAGAGAGAAUAUGAGAACGAGCUUGAGAGCAAGUGCGUGUGAGAGCAAGCAUGGUGGUUUUCCUGUCUGUGCCCUGCUAUGUUCUGGGAUUUAAACUCAUGUCCUUGUAAUUGUGGAGUGUGUGCUCCACAACUGUGAAGCCAUCUCCAGCCCAGGACCUGAAGCUUUACAUUGUAGAUGACAUGAGUACUUUUAAGACUGAGACCUGGUUUUCUCAUUUGUGUGGCUGGUCUCUGCUACCUUAUGCAUUCUUCUUUUCCCACCUUUGUUCUGCCCCCCCAACCCCCUUUUCACCUUCUAACACUAGGUAGGAGAGAAACAAGGAAAGAGGAGAAAGAAGACAGACACACACUCACACACCCCGAGAGAGAGAGAGAGAGAGAGAGAGAGAGAGAGAGAGAGAGUAUAUAUGAAUGAAUGAAUGAAUGAAUGAAUGAAUAUCUGAUUUCUUUCCUUUUAUUUCUUAGACCAUGGCUCCUAACAAACCACAACCAACCUCCCUUGACAGCCAGCAGCCACCUACACUGCCUCUCUCAGGGCUCUCACAUUUAUACCUCUGAAAAGAUCCAGGCAUUCUAGAAGUUGGAAAAACCAUGCUUCUGCUAGAGCAUGCAGCAAGUCGUGGUCAGCUGAUUUAGAAAGUUUAAAGCAGCCCCACAUUCCUGAUUAAAACAAAAGCACAUUCUUAAAUAUUUCUUUUAUUUUUAAAUAAAACAAAAUUCCAGAAUUCUCAAAGAUAUCACUACACAUUUGUGCACUUCUAGCCCCAGUGGUGACUGAAUCAGGUAAAACAGUGGGCUCCUGUUUUACCUCCUUUCAACUAUUGGCUGACAGACACUGUGCUAAACAGUGACCAAGGCCAGACGGGACUUCCUGUCACAGUGAGCAGCUCCUGGUACAGGAGAUGGACUUGGCAGGGAUAGACACUUCAGUGGCCUCGCCACACCCUCUUCCAGGGGACCUCCUCUGCAGCACAUGGCACGGACAUGUCCCUCUGACUGUGACCAUGCUUUGGGGUAAAUGUAAGCCAUUAGUGGUCAGAAGACCUGGAGGUCAGUUCCCAGCUGACCGUGAAGACACAUUUAUAGCUGCCUUCCUGUGUUUAGCAAAGCAGUAGGGGUCUCUCCAGACCUGGAGGUGCCACUUGAAACUCUCCUGCGUGUGUCACACCUGACUUCCCUUAGCAUCAUCACAGCAGCAGAGAUGAUGCCGUGAGCCAAAAUGGAUGUGUCAUAAUUGUGCUUAUUGUUCCUAAACAUGUUUUGCAGGGGAUACAUGUGUGCUUAAACAUGGAAACCAGAGGCCAGCCUGGGAUAGUGGUCUUCAGGAGGCUGCCACCUUUUUGUUGAGACGGUCUCUCUCUAGGACUUAGCACUUGUCUCCGUCCUCCCAGCACUGACUGCAGGCGCUCCCAGGCGUGCUUGGUUUUUUAUACGCGUGUUGGGCUGAACUCAGGUUCUCUGGCUUGUACAGCAGGCACGUUACCCACCAAGCUAUGUCCCCAGAGAUGGAUUGUGUGGAUUUUAAAUACAGCAUUUCCACGACAUAGAUGUUGUCUCCACUGAGGAUGUCAGACCUGAAGCAACUAAGUACCUUGCCCAAGUUAGACAGAGAGAGGUAGAAAGCAGAUCACACUGGGGCAGCCUGGCUAUAGACACAAAGCUGAAAUCAGUGACCAGUACUGGCCAUGAGAGGAGACCGUUUAACUCAGAAUCCUCCUUUCUGGGUAGUUACCUGAUCUCUUAGGGUUUCCACUGCUGUGAGAAGACGCCAUAACCAUGUAAACUCUUAGAUAAAACAUUUAAUUGGGACCGGCUUAUAUUAUCAUCAUGGUGAGAAGCAGGUAGACAUGGCGCUGGAGAAGGAGUGGAGAGUCCUAUGUCUUAAUCCACAGGCAGCAGGAGACUGUGUUCUACACUGGAUGUAGCUUGAGCAUAGGAGACCAAAAGCCAGUCCCUACAUUGACACACUUCCUCCAAUAAGGCCACACCUCCUAAUAGUGCCACUUCCUAUGGGCCAAGCAUUCACACACGAGUCUGUUGGGGGGUGCAUAACUAUUCACCACACCCACAUAGGUAAACAUUGUAUUUACAUACAAAUGAUAUGAGCAUUUUCGUGUGUAAUAUGGGCAUGUAUAUGCCACAGAAUAUGUGUGCAGGUCAGAGUAUAAUCGGAAUGAUAGUUCUUUUUUUUAUAAUUUUUAUUUAUCUUACGACUAUGGAUAGUCUGUCUAUAUGUAUGUCUCUGCACCAUGUACAUGCCUGGUGCCUUGGAGGUCACAAGAGGGAGGGCAUCUGGUCUCCUAGGACUGGAGCUACAUAGGGUUUAUGAGCCUCCACAGGAAUGCUUAGAAUUAAACCCAGGCCCUCUGGAAAAACAGCCAAUUCUCUUAACCACUAGGCUGUCUCUCAAGCCCUGGAAUGACAGUUCUUAUCUCCCACCUUGUUUGAGAUGUUUUCUUUUGUUUAUUAUGCGUACUCAAGGAUAUUGGACUUCAAGCUUUUUGAGAUUGCCCUGUCUCCAACUCCCAUGGGAGCAUUGAGCACUAGGAUUGCAGGUGCUUAUUCUAUACAUCUGGCUUUUAUGUGAACUCCAUGUUCUGAUACAUAACGUGGAGGGUAAGGGGGCGCACCUGGUGGGCCCAUGCCAAGUUGUUCUCCUGAGAAAUCACGCCAUGCGACAGACCUGAUAGAAGGGAAGUUUAUUGUUGGGGAAAGGGAGUGAGGACUCGAAGAAAGGAGAGGCAGAGAAGUGUGGGAAAGAAAAGGACUGAAAUAGAAAAAAAGAGUGGACAGCUGGGAGCACGUGGGGAGAGAGAGAAGUGGGCAGAGAGAGGGACAGAAAAAAGGGAGGCUGGGGUAGCAAGCAAAUCUCUUAUUCGCUGCCAAGUCACCCGCACUCCCACUCUUCCAGUAUGAUCAUCACACUCAUCCCGGCGCCUUUGCUUCCAGAAAGACUGUCCUGUGCACUGCUCUAGGCAGACGAAUAGUAACUGUCUGUGCUCGUGUCAUUUUAUUGCGAUGCUUUCCCAUCUUAUGUGAGACAAGAUCUUUCCUGGGCCUGGAGUCUCACAGUUAGGAUAGAGCAGCUUCCAGUGAGUCGCAGGGCUGCCCAUCCAUCUUUGCAGCAAUGGGCUUACAGGCAGAAGCAACCGUCGAGACUUGUUUAUGCAGGCUCGAGGGUUGACUGCAAGUCCUUCAUGCUUACAAGGUGGAUGCUUUACCAACCAGCUCCCUAGCCCUGUUUAUUUUUAAGGUAGAUGAUAGGCAGGUGUGGCGCAUGCCUUCAAGGCCAGCCUGAUCUGAACAAGUUUCAGGACAGUCAGGGCUUCACAGAGGAAACACUGUCUUGAAGGGGGCGGUGGGGGAGAGUCUCAAUAUAUAGCCCAGUCUGGAACUUGCAAGUCUCCCGCAGCUGCCUCUGCUAGGCUUUCAGAUAUAUACUGCCUAAGCUGCUUUAGCAUGUUAACCUCUUUAUGUCCAAGGAAUGCUUUAGUCGGCCCUUACCCUGAGUUAGCUUAUAACGAGCUGAGCAUAGACUGUGGGGUGAGAAGGAUAUUCUUUCUCCUUAGAACAGCCCCAAUUAUACCUCACUCAUUAGGCUAUCUCAGGAGAGAGCCACCAUUCCCACACAGGCUCUUUGCCUGCCCCUUCAUCUUCCCUUAGUGAUUCCUUUGGGCUGUGCUCCAGAACAUCUCUUUAAUAGGCAAGGUGUCCUUUCUCCUCCUGCCUACCACACAUUGGACCAUGGCAUUUGCCAUUAGUCCUAAGUCAAUAGUCCAGACUUGGGGUUUCACAUGCUACUCUGACUAUCCAUCACUGCUAGGGACACAGCACACACUUGCCCUCAUGGAAUUGGUGGUGUACUUACAGCCUUUGAUUGAACCAGAGCCUCGAAACAAGAUGUCAUCCGUUGACCUCCCUGGAGUUGGUGUCUACAACAGUCAGCCCUUCAUUCUCAGGGUCCUUCUCAAGCAGUUCACUCACACCCAAAGGAGAAGGCUCUGUUAGUCUCUGUGCCUUCUCUGGGCAACUGACUCUAUGUAAGCCAUUUAAUUUUUCCAGCCCAAAGGCCUAACAGUUGUACCCGGGACUCAUAGUCUUUUGCCAUAAGCUGAGGUCUGCAUUGUGCAUAGGCACACGGCACCCAGAAUUUGUUCUUACCAGCACUGCAGCCUCUGCCUCUGCAGUGAGUGGUGGGAUAGCCAUGAACACUUACUAGUUCCCAUAGCACAUCCACCCAACACUGCUUAUUGGAUAGAUUUUAAUCUCAAGUAAGGAAACACCUGCCAAACACAGUGUUCCCUUCUCUGUAACAGGUAGAAGAGACCUAGCAGCAGAACGGAUAGCUCUGUAAACCUUAACUCCAACCAGCCUACAGUCCACCUGAAGCCAUCCUAGGCUUAACAGACAUUGGUCUGACAGGCCUGGGCAGAGGAAUGGUCCAGGCUGAUUUAAAGGGGAAACAACACUUUACAAAAUCUGCCUGGUGUACAGAGCAAGUUCCAGGACAGUCGGGGUUUUAGGGAAGAAACACUAUCUUGAAGAGGAAAAAAAGACAUUCAUAUCCACGCACUUCUUUCUGUCACACUCCCCAACCCGUGGCACUGCUGAGUUCCUGUCAGAUCUCAAGUAUUUCCCGAGUACCCUAUCUAGUUGAAAAGGACCAUUCUUUAUGUAGUUUCUUCCCUUGCCUGGGAUAUUUUCUGCCUGUGUGUUUUGAUUUUUCUGUUGUGGGUAUUUGUCAAGUUCCUGGUUUCUUUUUUUUUUUUUUUGGUUCUUUUUUUCGGAGCUGGGGACCGAACCCAGGGCCUUGUGCUUCCUAGGCAAGCGCUCUACCACUGAGCUAAAUCCCCAACCCCAGGUUCCUGGUUUCUUAAGCACCAUUUAACAAUUCAGAGUGGACCAGCAGGAGCCUGUGGAGUAGCUCGGUGCUAUGGUGCCUGCCUGGCAUACAGGAGGCCCUGGGUUCAAUCCCAAGGAUCACCAUAAAACAAAUAAAGACACUGUGUCAGUAGAAACAUUGGUAGCCACUUGUGGACAGAGGCAGGAUUUGGGUGGAGUAGUCCUAAGGCUAAGCCAGGAGGAAGCAACCAGAAUGCUGUGAGGUCCCAGGAAGCAGAAGGAACAGGUGUCUGCACU